UGGGUUUCUGAGAGGAGCUGUGGAUUGGAGUACCGCGUCGGAGAGAAACCCUAAUUUUGUGCACAAUGAAGAGGGGAUUGAGAUGGAGCGACAGGGAAGACGACGACGAUACGUCGUCGGAUUCUUCGACUCUGGACACGGAUUCGGAGGAGAAUAAUGGAGCUUCGAAAUCGAAGAAGAGUUCGUCCUCGAAGCUCAGUAAAUCCUCGCAAGUUGAAUCUUCAAAGAAACAAAAAGGGAUAGACUUUGAUGCAUUGAGCCGGCACGGAUACAAAGGCGGGCUGUCGGUCCUAAAAGUGCCGGCUCCAAAGGAGCCGGAGCACGAGCAGGACUGGACAUGGUCGACAGGGCAAGAAACAAGGUCAAAAGAAUCUGAAGAAUCAUUCCAAGAUCGACAGAAAACAAGAGCUGCGCUUGCAGACGGGGAGCAGCUCGAACACGUUCUAACUCGCAAGGACAAGAGGAAUCUCUCGUUCCAGCAGAAGGAGAAGAGGAAACGGGAGCUCGGCCAAGCCAGUCGAGGCAAGAAUUACGUCGAAGAAGAGAAGCGAUUGCUUAGAGACAGUGGGAUCUACUCUGGCUUUGAUUCUUGAUCUUCCAUUGCAGAUAAGAAACUUUUGCUUUCCCUCUAGUAUGAUCUUUUCUUUUUAUUUGCUCCAAUCUUUUAAUUGAGUUUGGUGUGUCUACAAGUGCAAGGGAUAUGUUACUGUGUUGAUUGCGAGCUUAAUUGAAGUUAUAUGCUGACAGUUUAUGCUUAUAAGAUGUGCUUUAUGAACAUAUGUUAUUUCACCCCUAA